AUGAAAAAAGCAGUAUUAUUAACAGGUUAAAUUGGAACUGGUAGAACAACUCUGUUUAAUAAAAUCACUAAUUCCUAAUAAAAAUCAUAGAGUGGAGGAUAAGCUGUAACCCGUGAUACCUAUGUUAAAAAUUCAUAAUAUGGAGAAGGAUUUACAUUAAUUGAUACACUAGGAUUUGGAAGUUCGAAUAAUAUUGAUACAAUUUCAGGACAUUUAAAGAUAUUUGAAAAUAUUGAGAUCUCUAGAAUAAUGAUAGUUGUUAGUUAUGCUCGUUAUAAUUGUAUAGUUGAAUCUUGCAAAGGGAUAAUAGAAAUGUUUUAAAGAUAUAAAGAUAAAAUUACUAUAGUGAUUACUUUUUUUGAUAAAUGUGAUGAAAAGUAUGAACCAAACUUCAAAAAUGAUAUUGCCAAAUAUUUUGAGAAAUUCUAGAUAAAGUCAUUUAUUAUUACUUCUAAGUAAGAUACUGGAGAAACACUUUGUAAAUUAUUUGAUUCUGAGAUUAAGUAUUCUUAAGCAUCAAAAAUUAAACUUACAGAAAUUGAAAUAAUUAGUUUAUUAUAAUGCGAUAAUGAUGAAACCUAAUUAGAAUUUUAAGAAUGCUCAUCUUAUUUAUCUAGGUUAUUCGGUAAAGCCUAACAGUAAUUAAGAUUACUGAAUGGAGUAGAUUUUUAACAGAAUUAUUAAAGCAUAAUAAAGUAUGUCUUGUAAUAAAGUUUUACUUAAUUUGAUAAAUUUUUAGAAUAUAAUUAAGAUGAAAAACUAGGUUUCAUAGUUUUUUCUCAAUUUUUAAAUGGAGAACUUAAUUAUUUUCUAGAAAUUGUUCAUUAGAAAAUGGGUAUGACAUAAUAAUGUGAAUAACAUAAGAUUGGUAUACAUAUAUAUUUAAAUAUUAGAAUUGAAGAAUCUUUUUGAAGAUUAAAUUAGACCUUAGAGUUAAAAAAUUCUUUAGAAUAUUUAUGAAAAUGUGAAAAAUUAAAAGAUCAAUUAUUUAUGA